CCUUGGAUCGUUUAAUCUUAACUACGAACUCUACGUAUUAUUUCUGGAGGUUUCAAUACUCUACAACGAUAUAAUGCUUCAUAGUUCUUUACCUACAGUGUAGAAUGCACAGCCACGCAGAUAUAUCAACGCCAACUUGUUUCAUGUAUUUAUUGCUCAACUUCCUGUACAUGCUUGUGGGUCGUAGGCCAGUUGUUGGGACAUCCCACGUUAGUGGAGGACAGUUCUGUCCACAACUCAGCAGUUACAUUACACAACGAAUGGGGUUUACCCUUAAUUUGGUUUUCAGCACAGGUGCGCUACUGCUCAAAAGACGUCCUUGGUCUAAAUUUCCCGUCUGCCUCGUAAUGAUGGCAAAACACGAGGCAGAACCACCAGUCUGACACCAAUCGGACGUUUCCAAAUCCAUUCGCUUCCUUAAUCUUCCGGAUGCCGUUCUGUGCGUGUGUACAGUAACUUUGUAUAAUGUUCGGUUAGUUUAUGCAGUCACACUAGACACUAAAAUGAUGCAUGAAAAAGACAUGAAAGGUCGAGGGUGAAUGCACAGAUUUGCGCUGCACGGAAACAUAAAAGGCCAUUUCUUUGGAAGACAAAUAUUGGUUUGGUUUUGUAGUUAUGAGAGGUCGCUGAGAAAAAGUGAUCUGCGUAAAAUGUGGGAAUGGUUUGACUGUCAGAACAGUACGUUUUUUUCAUGCUGAGCGUAAGUGGCUAAUCCGAAAGACUGGCAGAUGAAUAAGGAAAUGAGGUGAUAAAGUGUUUCUUAGUUUUUGGUUUCUGUCUCUCCACUGUGCGUGGGUUGUCUGGAGUGUCACGUGUGCACUAUAUUGUAGGGGGCUCAAUCAAGUCCCAGACGACAUACUGUGACGACAUCUGGAGGCAGCGUUGGCCUUCAGGUGCAGUUUAACCGUUAGAAAUCAGUAGUUUGUGGGAAUAUGUUGAGCACUUUCUGAGAUGACAGUCCAUUUUCAUGGCGGACUCUUGUUCUUGUAGCACGUUUACUGUGGGCAUUAGGAUAUGGGUGGUGUCAUUUGAUUUCAGACAUAGAAGACUCGUCUGCUAGUUACAGUAUCAAUAUGAAACGAAAACCAUAUGACCGAAUGCUAGCCUAAGAAUCCAUUUACACAAGCAUUUUAUGGGCUAAUGUUUAAAGUGGGCUACAGCAUCAUGUUUGCCUGGUAGGACUAGAGCUUUCCUGUUCCCCAGUAACCCUGGUGUCUGAAGUGGAUGUGGAGAGCGUUGAGCUGCAGCUUCACCACCAGGUUGGUUGGGAGGCUAAAUAUAGCUGGAAUAGCACUAAAUCACUGGAGAGCAUUGGCUCCCCUCUGUGACAAUGGAAGCAUUUCCUGCUGGGCUGGAUAGCAAUCCCCAUUUUGGCCCAGGUAACAGCCUCUUAAAAGCCAUAAUUGCUUCACAGUAAAUGUGAAACCCAUGGACAAUAACAGGGCAACAAUUUCCUGUAAUAUGGGGACUCUUUCUGUUUUUUACAAGAUGUAUUUAGGUUUUAAUGUACAGUAGAAACAAAAGCUUACUAUUGUGUGUCUCCCGUCAAAUGAGGGCUGCAUGUUAAUUCUACACAUUCUCCAUUAAUGAUGUGUACCGGACUAUGUUAUUAUGUGAUAUGCAAAGCGUGUGCACUCAUCUUGCUCCACCAUUGAAAACUAGACACCGGAGUAAAUAUAUACAGGUGCACAGCUCUUAGUCAUAGGGUACUGCAAGUUAUUUUUGACCCAGUCGCAUGUGGCCUCCCACCUCCCCCCCUAAAAAAACUCCAGGCUUCAAUCUGAUAUGGUAAGCACAGACAGCUCAGCGCUGUGCUGUAGUCGUCACUGGCUGUGAGCGUGUUUGUAAGCAUGGUUAUAGCACUGAGUGACUGCAUGCCUUGGAUGCCAUAGGCCCUUCGCUAGCCGGUGGAGGGCCUUCACCCACUCAGUGCUUACGGCUUGUAGUGAGUCACUGGCCGUAGAGGUGUCAGGUCAGGAACUAGAGAGACUGUAAAUCACUGGCACAGAUCGGGGAAGGCACAAGGCCAUGACACGGAGGUGUAGCCAAUAGCACUGAGGGCUGAGUCGUAGCGUGAGUGUUGGGCCUGUCUUUGGUGAAGGCGUUCAGUCAGUGUGUUCCUCCUGAGCACUCACUGCGUGUGGCACCUGAGGGUCCUCCAGAAGUGCGGCGGGGCUGUUUUUCUCCCCGCUGUGUCAUUAUGAGAUGUCGUCUCUCAGCGCCUCCUUCGUGCAGAUCAACUUCGAUGACAUCCACUUCUACGAGAACUGUGGCGGUGGCAGUUUCGGCAGCGUCUACCGAGCCAGGUGGAUCUCGCAGGACAAAGAGGUGGCGGUGAAAAAGCUCCUCAAGAUCGAAAAAGAGGCUGAAAUCCUGAGUGUUCUCAGCCACAGAAACAUCAUUCAGUUCUAUGGGGCAGUUCUUGAAGCACCUAAUUAUGGCAUUGUCACUGAGUAUGCCAGUGGAGGAUCUCUCUAUGAGUUCCUGUCGAGUGCUGAGAGUGAGGCCAUUGACAUGAAACAGAUCAUGACCUGGGCGAUGGAUAUAGCCAAAGGAAUGCACUAUUUACACUCGGAGGCCCCUGUGAAAGUCAUCCACAGGGACCUAAAGUCCAGGAACGUGGUUUUGACAGCAGAUAAAAUACUUAAGAUUUGUGACUUUGGCGCCUCCAGGUUUCUGUCCCACACCACACACAUGUCCCUGGUAGGGACGUUCCCAUGGAUGGCCCCAGAGGUGAUCCAGAGUCUCCCCGUGUCUGAGACAUGUGACACUUACUCCUACGGCGUGGUUUUAUGGGAGAUGCUCACUCGAGAGAUUCCCUUUAAAGGUCUGGAGGGCUUGCAAGUGGCCUGGCUGGUCGUGGAAAAAAAUGAGAGAUUAACCAUCCCGAGUAGCUGCCCUGCCAGCUUCGCCGGGCUCAUGAGGAGCUGCUGGGGGACAGACCCAAAGGACAGGCCCACAUUCAAACAGAUCCUCCUGACCCUGGAGUCCAUGUGGAACGACAGUCAGCUACCAGAGCAGUGCAACUCCUUCUUAAACAACAAGGCAGAAUGGAGGUGUGAGAUCGAGGCCACGCUGGAGCGCCUGAAGAAGCUGGAGCGGGACCUGAGCUCCAAGGAGCAGGAGCUGAAGGAGAGGGAGCGCCGCCUCAAGCUGUGGGAGAGGCAGCUGGUCGAGCAGUCCAACACGCCGUUGCUCCCUAAUCUUGCCAUACAUUCCUGGACAGAAGAACAUGUGCACUUUUGGAUGGAGCAGAUAUUUGGGGCGGGUGGCGGAGGGUGUGACAUGCUGCUGUACGCCAACAUGUUUAAGAAGAACCACAUCACAGGGAAGAGACUGCUGCUGCUCACCGAGACUGACAUGAGGGACAUGGGAAUCACGUCCAAAGGCCACAUCAUCCACCUCAAGACUGAAAUUGAGAAGUUGGCUAAUGAUUACCUAGGACUUUUCCACUUUCCUCCUUUGGUUAAGGAUGAGUGGGCACAGGAGGAAGAGGAGGAGGAGGAGGAGAAGAGUAAGAUCGUCAAUCUGGAGCUGGUGUUUGGUUACCACUGGAAGGCAGGAGCAGGCCAGUCGGACUGCAAAUGGAAGAUGUACAUGGAGCUGGAUGGAGACGAGGUGGCAGUGACUUACAUCAAGGAUGUCACCUUCAAUUCUUACAGAUCUGAUGUGGAUGUUCUAAAAAUGACUAAGCCACCGUUUGUAAUGGACAAGUGGAUCGUUGGAUUAUCUAACAAUCAAACAGUUGACUGCACUGUGAAUUAUGAGAACGAUGUCAGAUCUCCAAAGGGUACCAAACACAGCCAUGCAGUGCUCUGGAGCCCCACAGGUGGAAGCGAUUUCAUCAAAACCGUGGAGCUGAUCAUUGAGACAGGGCAGCAGAAAGCAGAGGGGAACUUCCGGAGCAGGUCAAACUCUGGAGUUGAUUCUAAAUGGAUCUACAGGCUGAGGAUGAAGCAGCAGAAGAGCCAGCUUGCUCCAGCUCCCCCUGCCUGCUCCACGACCAUGACCCUGCCUCAGUUCCUCUCUGCCCAUAACCAGUCCUCGUAUGCGGCUGCGGUGAGACGCUCCCCCAAUCGUAGCCCACUGUCCCUCUGGAGGACCGACUCACGGUGUUCCUCUCCAACAGCAGGCCUAUCGUCCCGUCUCUCAACCCUGCACCUGGGAUCGAAGGGAAGCAGCCCAUCCAGCACCACCUCAGAAAGUGCGUCAGAGCGUGAGCGUGAGCGCCCCCUCAGCGCUUGUGCUUUGCAGAGGCCAAGAAAUCCAUAUUUUGGCAUGUCGCUCUGUCCUGUGUCAGGCCGAGAUGCAAGGAAGUGUCCCACCACAGCUGGACACAGCCCAGGGCAAAAGACGUCCAGAAAUGCUCAGCAUGGAUGGAGGCCGCGGUCCAACUCCACCACCGGAGUACUCUAUCAAACCCAGCCCAGGACGAUACCUGGCAUGUCCCCAAUAAACCAUCCAAAGGAGGAGCCAGAGGAAGCUAAGGCCAACGAAGGGGGAUGGAUUAAGGUGGAGCGUCAGAAGAAGCCUCAGAGGCAGCCAGAGAGUAAGCCAUUCAGGGGUAGAGGGAGGAGAGGAGGUCGAGGAGGUGGACGUGGACGAAUCGGACAGUAACUACUUUUACCUCACCAGCAUCUGCAUUACAGUACGGAAAGUCACUUGUUCAAAAGGCACCCCAAAAUAUUGGGGCCUUCUUAAUAUGAACAGGUGGCUGUACAUCCAUUUUCAUUUUGAGGGAUAAAAUGUUGACAACAGCUAUCUUGAACAGAGGAUACAAGUCAUGUAUGAAUGAAUGUUGACAUAUGAAUAGUGAUAUAUUUCAAUGUUUUUAACUGUGGUCUGAGUUAAUUCUUCCUGUUUCCAUAACCUGGACAAUUGGAUAAGUUAGACAUAUGGCCUAAUUUGUAAACACUACAAACAGAGGGCUAAACCUCUGGCUCUGAUAAAUGGCUCUUUCCAGAAACUAUUGCCAAGCUACCACGUCUCAGGUCUUGAAGAUAUAAUCAAAGCAGGAAAUACAACAUUAUAUCCAUGUGUACAUGAAAAAUGAACUGGUGAAACAUGACUGACUGACUGUCCUUGUCAAAUCUUUGAAAUUGUUGAUUCUUUGAUUAUGUCUCCUAACUUUUUAAGUAGUCAUAUUUUCUAAAUGUAAUCUCUAUGAAUGAGUCUAUGAAUAAACCAGGCUAUGAAUAAACAGAUGACCCUGAAAAGGGUCAGAGCCUAAUCUGGCCUGUCUUGUUAGAUCUAAAUUUAGAGGACCACAAAUGAUUUAUUUUCCCUUUUCUAACUUUAUUUUACUGUGUUUAAAAUGUAUUAUUUUUUAUUUCAAAUUGUAUGUAUUUUUACAGAGAGCUUUUGGUUUAUGUACAUUUUAAUAAGGAAUGUAUCAUAUUUAUAUUUUGAGCUAUAGGUCGUAUUGAUGUAGGUCAAUAUAGAUUUACAGGGUCAAUCUCGUUUUUUUAUGCAGAUUAUUGAAGACAAUUUGGCGCCACGGACUAGGUCCUAAAAUUGUAAUGAAAUCGUAGUACUAUUUAUAUUUAACUGCGCACUGAAAUAAAACAUUUGUAUUAAAGAGUUUCAAUAUAUAAAUAGAAAUAUAAAAUAAAAUUACUCCAACCACCA